UUCAGCUGCUUAGCAUUGUGUCCAUUCAGUGCCGCUUGACCGUUCGCCGUUUUAGUGCGCACGCCGCUCCAAGUGGUUCUCUGAUCUAGGCAAAGUCAAGGUCGUCGACUAGAACGCGGUGGUUUUCUCUUAAUUGAAGAAGGUCUCUAAAAUCGUGAGUGUCCGAAACAUGGAAGCGUUGUCCCAGGCCCUGCAACCCUACAAGGAACUGGUGGGAAAUGUGGCCGCCAUCGUCACAGUCCUGCAGAUGUUCAGUGGAGCGUUCGUGUGCAAUGACAUUCGCCGGAAGGGUUCCUCGGACGGGUUCUCGCCAAUGCCGUUCAUCGGAGGUUGUGGACUCACGCUUCUCUUCCUGCAGCAUGCCCUGUUGAUGAACGAUCCGGCCAUGAUCCGCGCCAACGUGGUCGGCUUUGCGAUAAGCGUGGUCUACUCGGUGUUCUUCUAUCUGUACACUCCACGGCAAAGCAAGGGCGACUUCUGGAAGCAGCUGGGAAUUGCCGGGGCAAUUACGGCGGCCAUCGUUGGCUACGCGAAGAUUGAGAACCCCGAGGUGGUGGAGGACCGUUUCGGGCUGAUCAUCACGGUGCUGAUGUUGAUGCUGAUUGCGCAACCAUUGUUUGGAUUGCCGGAAAUCAUUCGCAAGAAGAGCACCGAAGGACUACCGUUUGCAAUGAUUCUUUCAGGUACGGUGGUCGGAUGCAUGUGGCUUCUUUAUGGAAUUAUUCUAAACAAUACAUUCGUCAUUCUACAAAACCUGGCUGCAGUUUCAUUGAGUGGAGUUCAGCUCGCGCUGUUCGUGAUAUAUCCUUCGAAGGAUUCGAAAAAGAAAAAGCAAUAAAUCGAUUAUGUUAUACCAGUGGCAUAAAUACAGUAUUAGUAACAUGGGUGCUAAAUAACGUUCA